AUGAAAGGGGAUGGUGGAUUGGAGGUUAGAACAUUUCAAAAGAAUCACAAAUGUGGAUUUUCAUACCACAACAAGAGUGUGAAGUCUGGGUGGGUAGGAAGAAGGUAUGUUGGCAUAUUUCGGGAGAACCCAAGGCUGGACUAUUUUAGUUUCAAAAAUCUGGUAAUGAAGGAGCACAAAUGUCAUCUUAGUAGACAUCAAGGCUAUAGAGCUAAGAAAAUUGCAGAGAAUUUGGCCAAAGGUAGUGAGAUGGAUCAAUAUAAUAAACUGCCUCAAUAUAUCAAUGAAAUCGAGAGAAGUAAUCCAGGCAGCACAGUAAUUAUGAAACUGGUAGAUGACUAUUGUGAUGCAGGGUUCUUAGUAGCUUGUAGGCCUGAGUUUGGAUUGGAUGGAACUUUUCUCAAAGGUUCAGCAAGGGGUGUACUAGUGACAGCAGUUGGAGUUGAUCCAAAUAAUGGAAUGUAUCUUAUAGCUUAUGCAGCAACUGAGAGAGAAACCAAAGACUCUUGGAUUUGGUUUCUAACAUUACUCAAGGAAGAUUUGAAAAUUGAAAGGGACUAUGAGUGGACAAUAAUGAGUGAUAAGCAAAAGGGAAUAAUCCAAGCAUGUGAAACAGUUUUUUCGAAUGCAACCCACAGAUUCUGUGUUAAACAUAUGCAUAGUAACAUGUCAUCUGCUGGGUUCAAAGGGGCGGCAAUGAGGAAAGCUCUAUGGAAAGCAGCUAAGGCAACUACUCCAAUUCAAUUCAGAAGAAAAAUGGAGGCAAUUGCUGAACUUGAUGCUGAAGCUGCUAACUGGUUGGAUGACAAGAAUCCAGCAGAGUGGAGUAGAUCACACUUUAGCACUUACCCAAAGUGUGAUAUGUUGCUGAAUAACAUAUGUGAAUCCUUCAACAGCAAGAUCUUAGAUGCUAGAGAGGAGUCAAUUGUUGCAAUGAUGGAGUCAUUGAGAUAUUUUAUGAUGUCAAGAAUGAAGGAAAAUAGAGACAGAGCCAGAGAAAAAUGGAACAACUAUGCAGACUGCCCAAAAAUCAGGAAAAGAAUGAUGGAGAACAUAGAUAAGGUAACUUACUGUGUGCCUUACAAAUCCAAUGAAGUUAAUUAUGAAGUUGCUGAUCCCUAUGGUGAAAAGUAUGCAGUUAACAUUGAAGAGAAGACAUGCUCUUAUAGGAAAUGGGACUUGACAGGGAUACCUUGCUAUCAUGCAAUUUCAGCAUUUUGGAUUGCAAUGAAGGAUCCAAUGGAGUAUGUUGAUGACUGCUACAGAGUGAAAACUUAUCUCAAGUGUUAUGAGCCCUGCAUACUACCUCAUCAUGGAGAGCACGAUUGGGUACAUGUGAAUGUCCAGCCCCUACUCCCACCAACAUAUGGAAGAGCACCAGGAAGACCCAAGAAACAAAGGAGAAAAUCUAUUGAUGAGGUGCAGGAAAUGAAAGAUAAAAGAGUUAAAGUUGAAGGUAUUGGCUCCACUACUAAGAAGACAACAAGAAGAGCAGUGAAAAAAGCUGGAAAAGGCACUAGACGUGUAGGAAAGAAAGUAACUUCAUCACAACAUAGCCAACAAGCUACUGAGACGAGCAUAAUUUCUUCUGCCCCUGUUGCUGAACCUAACUUACAUGAUUUGGAAUUUCAAAUCCACAUGUGGCACAUAUCAGCCAACCAGUUGCUCCCAUUGCUUCUGCACCAUUUAGAACUAGGGAUGUUCAAAUUCAUCUCUGACUCCCCAAUGUGGUGA